AACUUGACAAGAUGUUGGUCCCGUGUGAUGAGAGGAGAGGUUGGUGUCUGUUCUGCCUGGCACAGGGGUGCAAAGAGGACAUGGAUUAUCGAUCUGUGGCACAAGUACAGUCGCUGCAGGGAUGAAGCCUUGAUGAAAAGACACAUGCAUGAGCUACGUAACUACCAGUGCUUCUCUGCUUGCUAUGAGUUUAACUCUGUGGGAGCCCCUGCUUCCCAGAUUUUCUGCCUCCAGUUUGAUCCAGGAUACUUCUGGCAUCUACAGUACUUGACUACUGGAAGUUUUUCCUCUUAGCUGGAUUUUUUUUUUUUUUUUGCUCAAGACAGAGAUCACUUUCUCUGUAGAAUGACACAACAAAACCAAACAACCGUGGAGUCUUUCACACUGACUUGUCUGAGGUUGUCAGAUGGGAUGCAGAUGGAUGAACAGCAACACAAGACGCUCAUCUAGCACAAGUGAGUGUCGCCCUGGAUCUGACUGCGCUGUGCCAUGCCUGAUAUGCAGACGUUUUACUACCCCAUACAUCGGUCCUCAAGCCUCUACCUGGACCCUAGCCUUAUACAACGGCGUAUCCUCGAAGAUCAAGUUGAACUGUGGUGGUUCAGAGACCCACAGCACUCCUUGUUGUGCUACUGUGCCUCAGUUGCCCUCAUACUGGGUCUGGGCCUUGGUGGCGUGGGCCUCCUCUCCACCACCACAAGCCUAUCUGGGGAAUGGCGCCUAGGUGUGGGUACCACUCUCUGCCUCUUGGCCCUCACCGUUCUACUCAAGCAGCUCAUCAGCUCUGCCAUCCAGGACAUGAACUGUGUGCGCAGCCGGCGUCGGAUCGACCAGUUGAAAAGUGGUGGGAGGGCUGACCCCGCGCUGAUUUUAGCCGUAGGGCUGGCAGUCAUGCUGUGCGGGACGGUGCUGAUCUUUGUGGCCACCGUCGGCAGCCAAGGUCACGACAGCAGAGAAAUGUUGGUUUCUGGUCUGGUGCUGACGGCUGCAGGAACGGGCAUGGCGUUAGCUGUAGUGGGCUACAGUGCGCUGGUGUACAUCAAAAGAAGAAGGGAGCAGAGGAGGAGGAGGAGGAUGAGAAUGAGGAGAGCAAGGGCGACACAGAGUCAAGCUGCCUGUGUGUUCAGUGUUUCUGGAGGACAAAUGAGUCAAGCCAGGAGAGAGACCUCAUCGAGCAGGACGAGCCUGAUCUGAAAGGACUUGAUCAGAGAAGAAGAGUAUCUGAGAGGAAAGCCUGGAUGAAAUGGGUUCAGUUAAAGGAACAAAUAGUAAAAAUAACAAAAGACAGGAACUGGGGAGGUUGUGUCAAAAUCCUAUUCAAGACACAGAUUUCAUUUUUUUGCAAUCUCUUUGUUGUUUGCCAUCAUCAUAAAAACUGCCUGCUGAGUGCUGAUCAUCACUACAAUACAGUCACAUAAUUUCCACAAGAACAAUAGACUGCUGCCAACAAUGGCUCAGUAGUUUGAUAGGCGAAUAUUUCCCUCCUUUGUCUGAAUGCACUCAUUUUUACUGUGUCUGAGUGGUUAUAGUUGUAAAUAAAGAGUAAAUCUCACAUCAAA